CCCCAAGGCACAUUUCAACCAAAUCCACCUUCACUUUCAAGCUGCUUUUGCUCUUAGACCACUACUAUUCCUAUAGUUAUUGCACUAUCUUUUUCUCUCCUCUAUUCUUUCUUGUGCAUUGGAUGUGGAGAGGAGUGAAUACUACUUCAUCAAGUUGUUACUGUUGUUGCUGUAGAACAAGUGAUGGAGAGUCCUCAAUAUUAUGCCCCACCCCAAAUGAUGGAAUCAUCAUCUCGGCCAUCUCUAGGAUUUCCUCUUGGAACUGCUCUUCUUUUGCUUGUCAUUUUCAGUUUGAGUGGUGUAUUUUCUUGCUGCUAUCACUGGGACAAAAUUCGUUCCAUACGUCGUCGAUCUUUGUCUGAUCUUGAAGCUGGUGAUGAUCCAGCAUCCUUGAAACCCAAGCACACUCACAUGAUUGAGAGGCAGAAUGAAAGCCAAAGCAUGCCAGCAGUGUUGAUGCCAGGUGACCAAGUUCCCAAAUUCAUAGCAAUGCCAUGUCCAUGUCAGCCUCCCCGACCGGAAAAGGUAGUUGUAGAGGAGCAGAAGCCGCCGCAACCACCGCCUCCUAAGCCAGUUCGUAUGAUAGUUGGAUUACCUUUGUAUUAGUAAAAAGGAACUACUACCCAUUUCAGACCUGGGUUUGGACAAUAGAGUUGUUCAGAUGGUAAACAUUCUCCACUUCUAAGGUGAAAGUUGUGGGUUCGAGUUACCACAAGAGCAUAAAGGGCUCCUGGGAAAAGGGUUAAAAAACAAAACUAGGCUCGUUGCUGUAUAUAUAUGUAGUCAGAAGCGGAUUCAGAAUUUAAAUUUUAUGGGUUCAAUAUUAAAAAUUUUAGCAUUGAAUUCAUUAUAUUUUUAAAGUUAGGAGUUCAUAUUUAUUAUUUUUUAUAAUUUUAAUAAUUUUUUAUAUAUAAAUUUAGAUUUCGCAUUAAAAAUUUGAGAUUAAUUGAACCCUGCCUUGUAGGCUAUAUACGCCUCCGUGUAGCUGAGUAUAUAUUUUUUAUUUUUAUGUCAAUCAUUCCCAAUCUUAUGUUUUGUACAUAUCAAUGAAAAUUUUCAGUUCCCUGGAUUG